AAUUACCCUUACCCCAAACAAUUUGUUUUCAACCUUUGCAGAGGUCUGUGAUGUGAAAGGCUUAUAUUUGGGACAAAAGAAGGAAAACCUCUCAACUGCAAUAAAAAGAAAGAGGCCUGUUUCCAGCCCAGUACACAGUUACCAGGGCUGUGGUUGCUCCAUCUGAACAGUGCUCUCCCGCCUUGAUUGUUGGGUCACCCUGCAGAGAGAGCGGAAGCAGCCGCAGGAGAUGGCAAGAAAGAGAUUGAAAAAAUUUACAACUUUGGAGCUUAUGCUCAGUGCUCUUCUGCUUGUGUUGUUCAUCAUCACCAUUCCUCUAUUUGUAUUUUCAGCCCAAGAUUCUUUGGAAUCGAAAGAUCCUGGGACAACAGUUACCCCCCCUAAUUCUGUUGAGUGCCCAGUGACCAGUGAAUUGGAACGGAUAAACUGUAUCCCUGACCAGUCACCAACAAAGGCCACAUGCGACCAGCGUGGCUGCUGCUGGAAGCCUCAGGGAACCAUAAGUGUGCCCUGGUGCUACUAUUCCAAGAAUCAUGGCUAUCAAAUGGAGAGUGACCAUGUAAACACAAAUGCAGGAUUCACAGCCCAGCUGAAAAGAUUGUCUUCUCUAUCCCUGUUUGGAAAUGAAGUCAACAAUGUCCUUCUCACAGCAGAAUACCAGACAUCUAACCGUUUCCACUUUAAGUUGACUGACCCAACCAAGGGCAGGUAUGAAGUGCCCCAUGAACAUGUUCAACCCUUCAGUGGAGAUGCUGCUUCUAACCUGAACUACCAAGUUGAGGUCUCCAAAGAGCCAUUUAGCAUCAAAGUGACCAGAAAGAUAAACAAUCGUGUUCUGUUUGACUCAAGCAUUGGACCCCUCCUGUUUGCCGAUCAGUUCCUGCAGCUCUCCAUCCGACUGCCGAGUGCUAACGUGUAUGGUCUGGGAGAACACGUGCACCAGCAGUACCGGCAUGACAUGAACUGGAAGACGUGGUCCAUAUUUUCCAGGGACACAGUCCCCAAUGGGGAUGGAACUAACUUGUAUGGUGUGCAGACAUUCUUCCUGUGCCUUGAAGAUGCCAGUGGAUUGUCCUUCGGGGUGUUUCUGUUGAACAGCAAUGCCAUGGAUGUUGUCCUCCAGCCUGCCCCUGCAGUCACUUAUCGUACCAUUGGGGGCAUUCUGGACUUCUAUGUGUUCUUGGGAAACACUCCAGAGCAAGUUGUCCAAGAGUAUUUAGAGCUCAUUGGACGACCAGUCCUACCCUCAUACUGGGCGCUUGGAUUUCAUCUCAGUCGUUAUGAUUAUGGAACGCUAAAUAACAUGAAAGCAGUCGUGGAGAGAAACCGUGCAGCGCAGCUUCCUUAUGAUGUACAGCAUGCUGAUAUUGAUUAUAUGGAGCAGAGGAAAGACUUCACUUAUGAUCCAGUAGCGUUUAAAGGCUUUCCUGAGUUUGUUAAUGAUUUACACAAUAAUGGACAGAAAUUAGUCAUCAUUGUGGAUCCAGCCAUCUCCAACAACUCUUCCCCAAGUAAUCCCUAUGGCCCAUAUGACAGGGGCUCAGAUAUGAAGAUAUGGGUCAAUGCUUCCGAUGGAGUGACUCCAGUCGUUGGGGAGGUCUGGCCAGGAAAAACUGUAUUUCCUGAUUAUACCAAUCCUCAAUGUGCUGUUUGGUGGACAAAGGAAUUUGAACUUUUCCACAAUCAAGUGGAGUAUGAUGGAAUCUGGAUUGAUAUGAAUGAAGUCUCCAACUUUGUUGAUGGUUCAGUUUCAGGAUGUUCUACAAACAAUGUCAAUUAUCCCCCAUUCACUCCCAGAAUCCUUGAUGGGUACCUGUUCUCUAAGAGUCUCUGCAUGGAUGCAGUACAGCACUGGGGCAAGCAGUACGAUGUGCACAAUCUGUAUGGCUACUCCAUGGCAAUUGCCACAGCAGAAGCUGUCAAGACUGUAUUCCCUAAUAAGCGAAGCUUCAUUAUAACCCGUUCUACCUUUGCGGGAUCGGGCAAGUUUGCAGCUCAUUGGUUAGGGGACAACGCAGCCACCUGGAACGACCUUCGAUGGUCCAUCCCUGGAAUGCUGGAGUUCAACCUUUUUGGUAUCCCAAUGGUGGGUCCUGACAUAUGUGGCUUCAUGCUAGAUGUCUCUGAGGAGCUCUGCAGGAGGUGGAUGCAACUGGGAGCAUUUUAUCCAUUUUCCAGGAACCACAAUGGCCAAGGCUACAAGGAUCAGGAUCCUGCUGCCUUUGGAGAGGACUCCCUGCUGUUGAAUUCCUCCAAGCACUAUCUUAACAUCCGCUAUACUUUAUUGCCCUACCUCUACACCCUCUUCUACUAUGCUCACAGCCGGGGGGACACGGUGGCCCGGCCCCUUCUGCAUGAGUUCUAUGGUGACAGCAGCACUUGGGAUGUGCAUCAGCAGUUUUUAUGGGGACCGGGCCUCCUCAUCACUCCAGUUCUGGAAGAGGGUGCAGAAAAAGUGAUGGCAUAUGUGCCUGAUGCAGUCUGGUAUGACUAUGAGACUGGGGGCCAAAUAAGAUGGAGGAAGCAAAAAGUGGAGAUGUUACUUCCUGGAGACAAAAUUGGACUUCACCUUCGAGGAGGCUACAUCUUCCCCACACAACAGCCAGCUACAACCACCGUGGUCAGUCGGCGGAACCCUCUUGGUCUUAUCAUUGCCCUAGAUGAGAACAAAGAAGCAAAAGGCGAACUUUUCUGGGAUGAUGGGGAAACCAAAGAUACGGUGGCCAAUAAAGUUUAUCUCUUCUGUGAGUUUUCUGUCACCCAAAACCGCUUGGAUGUGAAAGUUGUGCAAUCAGCCUAUAAAGACCCUAAUAAUUUAGCAUUUAAGGAGAUCAAAAUUCUUGGGACCCAGGAACCUAGCAACAUUACCGUGAAACACAAUGAUGUCCCAAUUCAGACUUCUCCUAAAGUCACUUAUGAUUCUAACUCGCAGGUUGCCCUUAUCACAGACCUUGAUCUUGUCUUGGGAGAAGCAUACACGGUGGAAUGGAGCCUGAAGAUAAAGGAUACAGAAAAAAUAGACUGUUAUCCUGAUGAGUAUGGUGUUUCCUCAGAAAACUGUACUGCACGUGGCUGUGCCUGGGAGGAAUCCAGUUCACCUGGAGUCCCUUUUUGUUAUUUCAUCAAUGAACUAUACUCUGUCAGUAAUGUUCAGUAUAACUCACAUGGGGCCACAGCUGAUAUCACCUUAAGGUCUUCUCUUUAUGCUGAUGCUCUGCCCUCAACACCUGUGAACUCCCUCCAUCUGAAUGUCAUCUACCAUAAGAAUGACAUGCUGCAGUUUAAGAUUUAUGAUCCCAACCACAAUCGGUAUGAAGUCCCAGUCCCUCUCAAUAUACCCAAGGUUCCAUCCAGCACUUCCGAGAGUCGACUCUAUGAUGUCCUCAUUAAGAAGAACCCAUUUGGGAUUGAAAUUCGCCGGAAGAGUACAGGCACUGUAAUUUGGGACUCUCAGCUCCUUGGCUUCACCUUCAAUGAUAUGUUCAUCCGCAUCUCCACCCGUCUUCCAUCCAAGUACCUCUAUGGCUUUGGGGAAAAUGAGCACACAUCCUAUCCAAGAGACAUGAACUGGCACACAUGGGGAAUGUUUUCCCGAGACCAACCCCCAGGGUACAAGAAGAAUUCCUAUAGUGUGCACCCCUACUACAUGGGAUUGGAAGAGGAUGGCAAUGCCCACGGUGUUCUCCUGCUCAAUAGCAAUGCCAUGGAUGUGACAUUCCAGCCCUUGCCUGCCUUGACAUACCGUACCAUAGGGGGGAUUCUGGACUUUUAUGUGGUCUUGGGGCCAACUCCAGAGCUUGCCACUCAGCAGUACACAGAGUUGAUUGGUCGGCCUGUGAUGGUACCUUACUGGUCCUUGGGGUUUCAACUGUGUCGCUAUGGAUACCAGAACGACUCUGAGAUCGCCAACUUGUAUAAUGAGAUGGUGGCUGCCCAGGUCCCCUAUGAUGUGCAAUACUCAGACAUCGAUUACAUGGAGCGGCAGCUGGACUUCACCCUCGGCCCCAAGUUUGCUGGAUUUCCAGCUCUGAUCACUCGCAUGAAGGCCGAUGGGAUGCGGGUCAUCCUCAUUCUGGACCCAGCCAUUUCUGGCAAUGAGACACAGCCCUAUCCUGCGUUCACUCGGGGUGUGGAGGACGAUGUCUUCAUCAAAUGGCCAAAUAAUGGAGGCAUUGUUUGGGGAAAGGUUUGGCCUGAUCUGCCUGGUAUCGUUAUUAACGGGUCUCUUGACUGGGAUAGUCAAGUGGAGCAAUACCGAGCUUAUGUGGCCUUCCCAGAUUUUUUCCGUAAUUCAACUAUCCUGUGGUGGAAGAGGGAAGUGAAAGAACUGUAUACCAAUCCACAGAAUCCAGAGAAAAGCUUAAAGUUUGAUGGCAUGUGGAUUGAUAUGAACGAGCCAGCGAGCUUUGUGAAUGGGGCGGUUCCUCCAGGCUGCAAAGAUGCCACUCUGAACCACCCUCCCUACAAGCCAUAUGUGGAGGCCAGGGACAAGGGCCUGAGCAGCAAGACCCUGUGCAUGGAGAGUGAGCAGAUCCUGCCAGAUGGCUCCGUGGUGCGGCACUAUGACGUGCACAGCCUGUACGGCUGGGCCCAGACCAGACCCACAUACGAAGUUGUGCAGGAGGUGACAGGGCAGCGAGGGAUCGUCAUCACCCGCUCCACAUUCCCCUCUUCUGGCCGCUGGGGAGGACACUGGCUGGGAGACAACACAGCUGCGUGGGACCAGCUGAGGAAAUCGAUCAUUGGCAUGAUGGAGUUCAGCCUCUUUGGCAUAUCCUAUACAGGAGCAGAUAUUUGUGGGUUCUUUCAAGAUGCUGAAUAUGAGAUGUGUGCUCGCUGGAUGCAACUGGGGGCUUUUUACCCCUUUUCAAGGAACCACAACACCAUUGGGACCAGGAGACAAGACCCUGUGUCCUGGGAUGCUGCCUUUGUGAACAUAUCCAGAAGUGUCCUGCAGACCAGAUACACCCUGCUGCCCUACCUCUACACCCUCAUGCAUGAGGCCCACACGGAGGGCAGCACUGUUGUGCGGCCUCUUCUCCACGAGUUUGUGUCAGACCAGGUCACCUGGGCUAUAGACCGUCAGUUUCUGCUGGGCGCAGCCUUCCUGGUCAGCCCUGUCCUGGAGGCUAAUGCCACAAAUGUCACUGCAUAUUUCCCAAGAGCCCGCUGGUAUGAUUACUACACAGGUGAGGACAUUAAAGCAAGGGGAGAGUGGAAGACCUUGCCAGCCCCCCUUGACCACAUUAAUCUUCAUGUCCGUGGGGGCUACAUCCUGCCCUGGCAAGAGCCUGCACAGAACACCCACUUAAGUCGGAAGAAUUCCCUGGGACUUAUUGUUGCCUUGGAUUAUAAGAGAGAAGCAAAGGGGGAGCUGUACUGGGAUGAUGGUGAAUCUAAAGAUGCAGUAACUGAAAAGAAGUAUAUUCUAUAUGAUUUUUCUGUUACAUCUAAUCAUCUACAAGCAAAGAUUAUAAAUAACGGUUAUACAGAUCCUGACAACCUCAUGUUUACAGAUAUUAAAAUCUUGGGAAUGGACAAGGAGCCAGCUAAUUUUACUGUAUUAUAUAAUAAUACUAACACCUCCAUUUCAAAUGUUUUCUACAAUGCUUCAACACAGCUGGUGACCAUCACUGAUCUCAAGGGACUGGUACUGGGACAAGAAUUUUCCAUUGAGUGGAAACUGCCAGUCAAUGAUCUGGAGAAGUUCAACUGCUACCCUGAGGACCCCAUGGCCCCUGAGGAGAGUUGCAGGCAGCGAGGGUGCCUUUGGGAGGACACAACCACCCCCGGCGUGCCCACCUGUUACUAUGACACCAUCCCUAAUUAUGCCGCCAGUGACAUUCAGUACCUGCCCACGGGCAUCACCACAGAUCUCACCCUCCUGACAGCCUCUGAACCAGUGAUGAUGCCACUUGCACCACCACCAGUGGCUGAGCGACGUCCAUCGGCGGCAGCAAAAUCCACCUCUGAUUCUCUCUCUGCAAAGAUCAGCUCCCUAAAGCUAAGCGUGAUCUACCACACAGAAAAUAUGCUACAGUUCAAGAUCUAUGAUUCAACUAACAAAAGGUAUGAGGUCCCAGUCACUCUGAACACUCCUCCCUCUCCAGUUGGUGCCCCUGAAAACCGUUUAUAUGAUGUCAAGAUUCAGAGCAAUCCUUUUGGGAUCCAGAUUCGGCGCAAAAGCUCCAACACUGUGAUUUGGGAUUCUCAGCUCCCUGGCUUCACCUUCAACGACAUGUUCCUCUCCAUUUCUACUCGCCUCCCCUCUCAGUACAUCUAUGGUUUUGGAGAAACUGAGCACACAACCUUCAGAAGAAACAUGACCUGGCACACAUGGGGAAUGUUUGCUCGAGAUGAGCCACCAGCAUACAAGAAGAAUUCCUAUGGCGUCCACCCCUAUUACAUGGCACUGGAGAAGGACGGCAAUGCCUAUGGGGUGCUCCUGCUGAACAGCAAUGCCAUGGAUGUGACAUUCCAGCCCACCCCUGCCCUGACGUACCGCACAGCAGGAGGGAUUUUGGACUUUUAUAUGGUUUUGGGACCAACCCCUGAACUUGUAACUCAGCAAUACACUGAGUUGAUUGGUCGGCCAAUGAUGACUCCGUACUGGGCCUUGGGAUUCCAGCUGUGUCGCUAUGGAUACCAGAAUGAUACGGAAAUCUCCAAUUUGUAUGAUGCAAUGGUGGCAGCCCAGAUCCCUUACGACGUCCAGCAUAUAGACAUCGAUUACAUGGAACGGAAACUGGACUUCACCCUCAGUCCCAGCUUUAAAAACCUCAGUCUCCUGAUUGAGAGAAUGAAGAACAAUGGCAUGAGAUUUGUCCUAAUUUUGGAUCCAGCCAUUUCUGGCAAUGAGACACAGUACCUCGCAUUCACUAGAGGGCAGGAAAAUAAUGUAUUCAUCAAAUGGCCUGACAGCAAUGACAUUGUUUGGGGGAAGGUUUGGCCAGAUCUGCCCAUUGCAAAUGUGGAUGGAUCUCUCUACCGUGAAACUCAAGUUAAGCUGUCUGAGGCCUAUGUUGCUUUUCCUGAUUUCUUGCGCAACAGCACAGCUGCUUGGUGGAAGAAAGAAAUAGAAGAACUCUAUGAAAACCCUCGUGAGCCAGAGAAGAGCUUGAAGUUUGAUGGAUUGUGGAUUGAUAUGAACGAGCCAUCAAACUUUGUGGAUGGAUCUGUCAGGGACUGCCGUGACGAAAUUCUUAAUAAACCCCCCUAUAUGCCACAUCUGGAGUCCAGGGACAGGGGCCUGAGCAGCAAGACCCUGUGCAUGGAGAGUGAGCAGAUCCUGCCAGAUGGCUCCAUGGUGCGGCACUACGAUGUGCACAGCCUGUACGGCUGGGCCCAGACCAGACUCACAAACAAAGUUGUGCAAGAGGUGACAGGGCAGCGAGGGAUCAUCAUCACCCGCUCCACAUUCCCCUCUUCUGGCCGCUGGGGAGGACACUGGCUGGGAGACAACACAGCUGCAUGGGACCAGCUGAGGAAAUCGAUCAUCGGUAUGAUGGAGUUCAGCCUCUUUGGAAUACCCUAUACAGGAGCAGAUAUUUGUGGGUUCUUUGGAGAUGCUGAAUUUGAGAUGUGUAUUCGCUGGAUGCAACUGGGGGCAUUUUAUCCAUUCUCCAGGAACCACAACACCAAUGGGACAAGGAGACAAGAUCCUGUGGCCUGGAAUUCAACCUUUGAGACAUUCUCAAGAAACGUCCUCCAGACCAGAUAUACUCUGCUGCCUUAUCUCUAUACCCUGAUGCAUAAAGCUCACAUCGAAGGCAGCACUGUCAUCCGACCCCUUCUCCAUGAGUUUACAGAUGACAGUACAACCUGGGAUAUAGACCAUCAGUUCAUGUUGGGCCCUGCCUUAUUAAUCAGCCCCGUGCUGGAAAGCAACACUUUUGAGAUCUCUGCUUAUUUUCCCAGAGCCCGUUGGUAUGAUUAUAGCACGGGAUCUGGCCAAGAAUUGACAGGUGAGUGGAAAACACUGGCUGCUCCCCUUGGCCACAUCAACCUUCAUGUCAGAGGAGGCUACAUACUGCCGUGGCAAGAGCCUGCAAUUAACACUCACUACAGUCGCCAAAACUUCAUGGGAUUGACUGUUGCUUUGGAUGGCAAUGGGGAAGCUCAAGGUCAGAUGUUCUGGGAUGAUGGACAAAGCAUUGAUACCUAUGAAAAUGGAGACUAUUUCUUGGCAAACUUUACAGCAGCACAGAACAUCUUGCAAAUCCGGAUCAUACACAAUAAAUAUUUGAGUGACUCAAAUCCACUGAAAGUUGGAUAUAUUAGGAUCUGGGGGGUAAACUCUACUUCUGUGACACAAGUCACUGUCACCCAUGACAACCAGCAAUUCACGGACACCAACUUCAGGAGUGACCCUUACAAUCAGACCCUAACUAUUCAAUUGACUAACAAGAUAUUCAGUCUGGAAAAAUUGACUGAGAUUACUUGGAUUCAUGGUGGCCAUAUAGUUACUACACCCCCUAUAACAAGCACCUUCUCAGUGAGUUCGCACCAUUCUCCAUCUACCACUAUGCCUACCAGUUCUGAGACUACUACUUCUUCUAGUAUAAGUACUGGUACUCCUAGCACUAGGACUCCUGUGGAUACUACAACUACUCUUUCCCCUUUGAGUACUACUGUUGUUGAUACUAUUACUUCUGUAACUAUUGCAACCACUCCUUCCCCUACAAGUACUACUGAUGCUGGUACUAGUACUCCUGUGGCUACUACAACUACUCUUUCCUCUGUGAGUACUACUGUUGUUGAUAUUAUUACUCCUGUGACAAUUGCAACCACUCCUUCCCCUAAAAGUAGUACUGAUGCUGGUACUAGUACUCCUGUGGCUACUACAACUACUCUUUCCCCUAUGAGUACAACUGAUGUUGAUACUAUUACUCCGGUGACUACUGCAACCACUCCUUCCCCUACGAGUCCUACUGAUGCUGGUACUAGUACUCCUGUGGCUACUACAACUACUCUUUCCCCUAUGAGUACUACUGUUGUUGAUAUUAUUAUUCCUGUGACUAUUGCAACCACUCCUACCCCUAUGAGUACUACUGAUGCUGGUACUAGUACUCCUGUGGCUACUACAACUACUCUUUCCCCUGUGAGUACUACUGAUGUUGAUACUAUUACUCCUGUGACUUCUGCAACCACUGCUUCCCCUAUGAGUACUACCAAUGCUGGUACUAGUACUCCUGUGGCUACUACAACUACUCUCUCCCCUAUGAGUACAACUGAUGUUGAUACUAUUACUUCUGGGACUGUUGCUACCACUCCUUUCCCUACGAGUACUACUGAUGCUGGUACUAGUACUCCUGUGGCUGCUACAACUACUCUUUCCCCUAUGAGUACAACUGAUGUUGAUACUAUUACUCCUAUGACUUUUGCAACCACUCCUUCCCCUAUGAGUACUACUGAUGCUGGUACUAGUACUCCUUUGGAUGCUACAACUGCUCUUUCCCCUAUGAGUACUAUUGAUGUUGAUACUGUUACUUCUGUGACUUCUGCAACCACUCCUUCCCCUGCGAGUAAUACUGAUGCUGUUACUAGUACUCCUGUGGCUACUACAACUGCUCUUUCCCCUAUGACUACUACUGAUGUUGAUACUAUUACUUCUGGGACUAUUGCUACCACUCCUUCCCCUACGAGUACUACUGAUGCUGGUACUAGUACUCCUGUGGAUACUACAACUGCUCUUUCCCCUAUGAGUACUACUGUUGUUGAUACUAUUACUUCUGGGACUAUUGCUACCAUUCCUUCCCCUAUGAGUACUACCGAUGCUGAUACUAGUAGUCCUUUGGAUGCUACAACUGCUCUUUCCCCUAUGAGUACUACUGAUGUUCAUACUAUUACUCCUGUGACUUCUGCAACCACUCCUUCCCCUAUGAGUACUACUGAUGCUGUUACUAGUACUCUUGUGGCUACUACAACUGCUCUUUCCCCUAUGACUACUACUGAUGUUGAUACUAUUACUUCUGGGACUAUUGCUACCACUCCUUCCCCUACGAGUACUACUGAUGCUGGUACUAGUACUCCUGUGGAUACUACAACUGCUCUUUCCCAUAUGAGUACUACUGUUGCUGAUACUAUUACUUCUGGGACUAUUGCUACCAUUCCUUCCCCUAUGAGUACUACCGAUGCUGAUACUGGUAGUCCUUUGGAUGCUACAACUGCUCUUUCCCCUAUGAGUACAACUGAUGUUCAUACUAUUACUCCUGUGACUUCUUCAACCACUCCUUCCCCUGCGAGUAAUACUGAUGCUGUUACUAGUACUCUUGUGGCUACUACAACUGCUCUUUCCCCUAUGACUACUACUGAUGUUGAUACUAUUACUUCUGGGACUAUUGCUACCACUUCUUCCCCUACGAGUACUACUGAUGCUGGUACUAGUACUCCUGUGGAUACUACAACUGCUCUUUCCCAUAUGAGUACUACUGUUGCUGAUACUAUUACUUCUGGGACUAUUGCUACCAUUCCUUCCCCUAUGAGUACUACCGAUGCUGAUACUGGUAGUCCUUUGGAUGCUACAACUGCUCUUUCCCCUAUGAGUACUACUGAUGUUCAUACUAUUACUCCUGUGACUUCUGCAACCACUCCUUCCCCUGCGAGUAAUACUGAUGCUGUUACUAGUACUCCUGUGGCUACUACAACUGCUCUUUCUCCUAUGACUACUACUGAUGUUGAUACUAUUACUUCUGGGACUAUUGCUACCACUCCUUCCCCUACGAGUACUACUGAUGCUGGUACUGGUACUCCUGUGGAUAUUACAACUGCUCUUUCCCAUAUGAGUACUACUGUUGCUGAUACUAUUACUUCUGGGACUAUUGCUACCAUUCCUUCCCCUAUGAGUACUACCGAUGCUGAUACUAGUAGUCCUUUGGAUGCUACAACUGCUCUUUCCCCUAUGAGUACUACUGAUGUUCAUACUAUUACUCCUGUGACUUCUGCAACCACUCCUUCCCCUGCGAGUAAUACUGAUGCUGUUACUAGUACUCCUGUGGCUACUACAACUGCUCUUUCUCCUAUGACUACUACUGAUGUUGAUACUAUUACUUCUGGGACUAUUGCUACCACUCCUUCCCCUACGAGUACUACUGAUGCUGGUACUGGUACUCCUGUGGAUGCUACAACUGCUCUUUCCCCUAUGAGUAGUACUGUUGUUGAUACUAUUACUUCUGGGACUAUUGCUACCAUUCCUUCCCCUAUGAGUACUACCGAUGCUGGUACUAGUACUUCUUUGGAUGCUACAACUGCUCUUUCCCCUAUGAGUACAACUGAUGUUCAUACUAUUACUCCUGUCACUUUUGCAAGCAGUCCUUCCCCUAAGAGUACUACUGAUGCUGGUACUCAUACUCCUGUCGCUACUACAACUACUCUUUCCCCUAUGAGUACUACUGUUGCUGAUACUAUUACUUCUGGGACUAUUGCUACCACUCCUUCCCCUACGAGUAAUACUGAUGCUGAUACUAGUACUCCUGUGGCUACGACAACUACUCUUUCCCCUAUGAGUACUACUGAUGUUGAUACUAUUACUUCUGUGACUAUUGCAACCACUCCUUCCCCUAUGAGUACUACUGAUGCUGGUACUAGUACUCCUGUGGCUUCUACAGCUACUCUUUCCCCUAUGAGUACUACUGUUGUUGAUACUAUUACUCUGGUGACUAUUGCUACCACCCCUUCCCCUAUGAGUACUACUGAAGCUGGUAAUAGUGCUCCUUUGGUUACUACAGCUACUCUUUCCCCUAUGAGUACAACUGAUGUUGAUACUAUUACUUCUGGGAAUGUUGCUACCACACCUUCCCCUAUGAGUACUACUGAUGCUGGUACUAGCACUCCUUCGGAUACUACAACUACUCUUUCCCCUAUGAGUACAACUGAUGUUCAUACUAUUACUCCUGUGACUUCUUCAACCACUCCUUCCCCUGCGAGUAAUACUGAUGCUGUUACUAGUACUCUUGUGGCUACUACAACUGCUCUUUCCCCUAUGACUACUACUGAUGUUGAUACUAUUACUUCUGGGACUAUUGCUACCACUCCUUCCCCUACGAGUACUACUGAUGCUGGUACUAGUACUCCUGUGGAUACUACAACUGCUCUUUCCCAUAUGAGUACUACUGUUGCUGAUACUAUUACUUCUGGGACUAUUGCUACCAUUCCUUCCCCUAUGAGUACUACCGAUGCUGAUACUAGUAGUCCUUUGGAUGCUACAACUGCUCUUUCCCCUAUGAGUACUACUGAUGUUCAUACUAUUACUCCUGUGACUUCUUCAACCACACCUUCCCCUGUGAGUAAUACUGAUGCUGUUACUAGUACUCUUGUGGCUACUACAACUGCUCUUUCUCCUAUGACUACUACUGAUGUUGAUACUAUUACUUCUGGGACUAUUGCUACCACUCCUUCCCCUACGAGUACUACUGAUGCUGAUACUAGUACUCCUGUGGCUACGACAACUACUCUUUCCCCUAUGAGUACUACUGAUGUUGAUACUAUUACUUCUGUGACUAUUGCAACCACUCCUUCCCCUAUGAGUACUACUGAUGCUGGUACUAGUACUCCUGUGGCUUCUACAGCUACUCUUUCCCCUAUGAGUACUACUGUUGUUGAUACUAUUACUCUGGUGACUAUUGCUACCACCCCUUCCCCUAUGAGUACUACUGAAGCUGGUAAUAGUACUCCUUGGGUUACUACAGCUACUCUUUCCCCUAUGAGUACUAGUGUUCUUGAUACUAUUACUCUGUUGACUACUAUAACCACUCCUUCACCUACGAGUACUACUGAAGCUGGUAAUAGUACUCCCUUGGAUACUACAACUACUCUUUCUCCUAUGAGUACUACUGAUGUUGAUACUAUUACUCCUGUGACUUCUGCAACCACUCCUUCCCCUACGAGUACUACUGAUGCUGGUACUUGUACUCCUGUGGCUACGACAACUACUCUUUCCUCUAUGAGUACUACUGAUGUUGAUACUAUUACUCCUGUGACUUCUGCAAUCACUCCUUUCCCUACGAGUACCACUGAUGCUGGUAUUAGUACUCCUGUGGCUACUACAACUACUCUCUCCCCUAUGAGUACAACUGAUGUUGAUACUAUUACUUCUGGGACUAUUGCAACCACUCCUUCCCCUACGAGUACUACUGAUCCUGGUACUAGUACUCCUGUGGCUACGACAACUACUCCUUCCCCUAUGAGUACUACUGUUGUUGACACUAUUAUUCCUGUGACUAUUGCAACCCUUCCUACCCCUGUGAGUACUACUGAUGCUGGUACUAGUACUCCUGUGGCUACUACAACUACUGUUUCCCCUGUGAGUACUUCUGAUGUUGAUACUAUUACUCUGGUGACUAUUGCAACCACUCCUUCCCCUAUGGCUACUACUGGUGCUGGUACUAGUACUCCUUUGGAUACUACAACUACUCUUUCCUCUAUGAGUACUACUGAUGUUGAUACUAUUAGUCCUGUGACUUCUGCAACCACUGCUUCCCCUACGAGUACUACUGAUGCUGGUACUAGUACUCCUGUGGCUACUAUAGCUACUCUUUCCCCUAUGAUUACUACUGCUGUUGAUACUAUUACUUCUGGGACUAUUGCUACCAUUCCUUCCCCUACGAGUACUACUGAUGGUGGUACUAGUACUCCUUUGGAUACUACAACUACUCUCUCCCCUAUGAGUACCACUGAUGUUGAUACUAUUGCUCCUGUGACUAUUGCAACCACUCCUUCCCUUACGAGUUCUUCUGAUGCUGGUACUAGUACUCCUGUGGCUACUACAACUACUCUUUCCCCUGUGAUUACAACUGAUGUUGAUACUAUUACUCCUGUGACUUCUGCAACCACUCCUUCCCCUACAAGUACUACUGAUGCUGGUACUUGUACUCCUGUUGCUACUACAACUACUCUUUCCCCUAUGAGUACUACUGUUGUUGAUAGUAUUACUUCUGUGACUACUGCAACCACUCCUUCCCCUAUGAGUACUACUGGUGCUGGUACUAUUACUCCUGUGGCUACUACAACUACUCUUUCCCCUGUGAUUACAACUGAUGUUGAUACUAUUACUCCUGUGACUUCUGCAACCACUCCUUCCCCUAUAAGUACUACUGAUGCUGGUACUUGUACUCCUGUUGCUACUACAACUACUCUUUCCCCUAUGAGUACUACUGUUGAUGAUGCUAUUACUUCUGUGACUAUUGCAACCACUCCUUCCUUUAUGAGUACUACUUGUGUUUGUACUGAUACUAUCGUGGAUACUAUACCUACUCUUUCCCCUAUGAGUACUACUGUUGUUGAUACUAUUACUGCUGUGACUUUUGCAACCACUCCUUCCUUACCUUAUGCGUACUACUGAUGCUGGUACUAGUACUCCUGUGGAUACUACAACUACUCUUUCCCCUGUGAGUACUACUGAUGUUGCUACAGACACUCUGAUCUCUACUACUCCAAGCUUUGUUUCCUCUACCACGGUAGGUCUUGUAGAUACUACUGUCAUGGAUGUUGAAACUUCCCCAACAGACCCUAUGCAGUUCACAGCAUUCUGCUGCUUCUACAACACAGGCCUUAAGCCACACAAUAUCGAUCUCCACAUAUUUUCCUAGUCCAGGCACUGUUGAUAAUUCCACUGCAAGCACAACAACUACUGCUAUAGAUUCAGUUACUACAGAGAUUAUAAACAUUUCCACUGCAGGAACCACAAAUACAACUACAGCCACCACCAUGGUUACUAUGAUUACAAGUGGUACACUGGCAGAAACCACCACUCAGAGCAUUUCAGUUUUGCCUCCUAUAGGCUCUCCUGGUGCCACCACUUCAGAUAAUACUUCUCUCACUGCACUAACUGGAAAUGACACCACUAUCUACCCUCCCAGUAUCCCUACUCAUGCUUUAAAUGCCAUCUCCAUAGGCAUGGGAGAUACCACUACCACACCGAACACCACAGAAGCAAAUAUUAGCAAUAUGUUACCUAUCAUUACAGGCAUUAUAAGUACUCCUGCUAGAGACAACCCGACUACUGAUAAUGUGAACAUAACAACUAUUCCUACUGUGAAUAUAUAUUUUACUACUCCAGACAUAAGUGCUAGCACUAAAGACUUUGCAAAUUCUUCAUAUAUACACACUACAGAUAUUGAAACUACUCCUAAAGCCACUGGUAAUUCCAUUACAGAACAUAUUACCAACCAAGUUACACAUAUUUCAACACAGAAACUACAAAUUCAAUCACUACUUCUGAGACAAGCCUCACAAACACUUACAUUCCAAGUACCACAGUUAUUCCCACCACAUAUCCUAGAAACUGUACAGGGAAUACAGUAAAUAUUACUGAUGCAGAUGGCUCCAGUGGUGCCACAGGUAAUGGUACACACAUUUCUAUUCCAAAUACAACAGCCUCAGGCAUGUUAACUACUGCUGCUUUAGAUACAGCAAGUCAUUCCACAGUAACAACGAAUUCUACUACCAGUUUUCUCCCUAUUAUUGUACCUAAUGCUACCACAGAUAUUACAAAUGUUACUCCAUAUGCUUUAAAUACUACCACUUCUGAUGUAACAACAAUGGAUGCUCCUACUGCUGCAUUUGAUGAUAUUGCAAAUACCACAAAUGCUACUCUUGUUCCAUGAUUAUCAGUAUCCAAGGCAGUAUAAUUACUAUAGACAUGAACUCUUUAAAACAACUAGUCCAGAUAUAGAGAAUCAAUUAACAUAUACAUUAUCUUGUACUAUGUAAGUUUUCACAAAUGUCAGUACUCUAACCAUAUUAGAUAGGCAACUCCAAGUAUUAUAGACAUUUCAGGAAUGUCUAAAGAUGCACCUAUAACCAACUUUAUAAGCUUCACUAAAGAAGUUGUGCAUGCUCCUUUCACAGCCAGAAUAUAUACUAUUCCUUUUUAUUAUCAUUAUUACUCCUAUAACCCCGUCAGUUAAAAAAAACUACAGAUAUUUUAUAUACCUUUGCUACAGACUUCAAAGAUGAUUUUGGUAUCUCAGGUAAUAGCACAUUAGGCUCUAUAAAUACUAUCACUUUAGAUGUAAUUUUUAGGAUAACCCAACUUGUUUCUUGAGUUUCAGGGCAUGAUACUAUUACUUAAGAGCACUUUCCAUACACCUGACACUCAAUUGGCCACCAUAACAUGAUUAUUAAUAUUAUAAUAACUUAAUUAGUACUGCUAAAAAAAUCACAUUUUAUCUUCCUAUGGACUUUUCCAAACACCAUGGUAACCAAUUUAGUAAUUUGCUGUUACAUAUACUGAAAAUGUUGUUGCUUCUAAAGAGAUCCUAGCUGUAGCUAUAGAUAUGGAAAAUGCUAUCAUUUUUCAUAAUAGAUCUUCUCUAUACCUUUUAUCCAGGCACUGAAAUAAUUAAAUUAAGAAUAUUAUAUGUUGCUUUUAUUACCAUAGAAAAUAAUCGUAUGGCUGUAGAUGUUAAAAACAAACAUAACUUCCCAAACUUUGCAACCAUUAUUUCAACAGGUACUACAGAUUAAGAUGCUCUUACUACAGAUUUAUAGUCACUGAAAGUACUUCAAGGAAAUUAGAACUAACCCAAAUUGUGCGAUAGUCUUAGGCCCUUGCUAUUACCACUAAUGACCUGGUUCAUUUACAAGCCUCCUGCUCUCCUAUAGACCAGAAAUCACCAGAAAAAGUUGGAAAUGUAAAAAUAUGGCAUAGAGGAGAAAGCCUUUGCCCUAGAAUCACAGCCCAUAAUCUUGUUUGUUUUUUCUUUUCCUGCCAGCUUUUUUCUUUUUAUUAUACCACUAAACUGUCUCUCAGUGUGUUAGGACUUUCAGCAUGUUCUUAAUUUUCAUCCUAAUUCACCAAUUAUCUUUGGCCUAUUACUUUCUUAGAUCAUUCAGACCCCCUGAAUGGACUCCUCACCAUAACCAAAUCUGACCAGUUAGGUGCUAUUAAAGGUUUAUCCCUAAGACAAUAUUUCUCCCCCAGGGUUUGGGGACCCUGGUGGGAAGGAGAAAAACUCUUUCUGGGGUCCACAAGAUCAAGUCUUUUUCCACCAUCACAGUACAUUGUUAUUUGUUUGUUCACUCUUGCUCUCUCACGAGUAUAUGGUGGCAUUGUCCAGACAUCAUGAUGUGCAAUGUCACCAAAGAUGAAUACAGAAACAGAUAUGAGAAUCUAGUUGUCUUCUAGUAAGCCAGACAUUGAACAGACUUACAAAAAUGUAACAUAAUGCCAUUUAUCUCACCGAAUAUUUUGCUUUGGAAAAUAUAGUUAUUUUUCAUAAAAAUAUAUUAUUUAUGUUA